CCAGGAUUACACCCCAUAUAUCUACCGUACAUAUAGUAGGAUUCAAGAUGCGACGAGCUUUUUGCCAUUUGAUUCUUUUUUUUGGUUUCUCGAAAUUGACCUCGUGGCUACCGUUUGGCCAUUGCAUCCUUCCCGUUGAUCCACACCUGAAACAACGCGACGUCACAUCACAGCACACGCUAGCACGUGUCCCUGCAGGCUGCAACUGCAACCCCGCCGCCAAAAAUCCCACGCCGCCACCACCAGCCCAUCGCCGCCCAUCGCCGCCUCCCUUCCAGUCACCCGCACACCUACCAAGAAUGGCCACCCAAUCCGUGCCCUCUGCUGACCCACGGACAGACCCGUUUUCCAAGCACUUCACCGGGCCCUUCCAAGGCAUCCCUACACGAGUCCUCCCCAGCGACACCCUCGCCUUCACGGCGCACCUCCUCGCGCCCCACGCCUCGGCCACCGCCCUCACCUCCCUCCGGGACACGAUCCUCUCCAUCGCACACGCCUGGACGCACAGCUACAUCUGGCAGCGCACCUCGGCAUUCGACAUCUCGCUCUCCGCCUCGGGCACUUACCUGUCGGGCACACUCGAAUACGGCGACGCAAUCGACGACGAAUGGCUGGCAGUGUCGAUCCUCCUCGAAGCGGCGCGCAAAGCCCCGCACGCCUGGAUCCGCGUCUGCGACUCGGACGGGGAGUUCCUGCUGAUCGAGGCGGCGCACGCGCUGCCGCGCUGGCUCAAUCCCGACGUCGCCGCACACCGCGUCUGGCUGCACCAGGGCCGCCUGCUGAUCAUUCCCCCGGCGGCUAAGAAGACCGCGAAGAAGGAGAUCUCGCUUGAUGAGGCGCUGAAAUUCCUGGCUGGGUGCGAUCCGGAAAGCUUGGUCCGCGAUAAGCGGGUGGAGACUGAGGCGCUCGCGAGGACGAGGGAAUACCCGGCUGCGGCAGAAAGGCACGCACAUCGUGCGAGGAUUGUGGUCCCGAGGAAGAUUGCGGGCGUGCUGCAUAGCAGCCCGGGGAGUAUUGCGGCGGCCGUGGAAGCGUUCUAUGUUCGUGAUCCGGUCUCGCUGAGGGCACUGCAGAAGAGCCCCGCGACGACUAGGUUUCCGUGGAGGGAUACGGUCGAGAUCAGUGCCCGGUUCACGAAGGUCCUGUUUGCGCAGCUAAAGGGUCAGGUGUGGCUACCGCCGUACGAGGCCAAGUUUCCGAUGACCGAAGAGGGGCGGACGGAUGUUGGUGUCAAGGUUACCGCCGGCUUCGAGAUGUUGCUUGCGGAAGCGAGUGAGGUGCUCUUAACUAGCGAGACCCGCCGGACGCUGGUUCGUGAGAUAAGGGCGAUGAUUGAUUCAGGUUAUGCCGGUCCGACGGAUGCAGAGAUCGCGACAUGGAGCAAUGAAGAAGACGGCGAGGACUGGCUACAGAUCGACUUUACCGAGUUUGAGAAGGGAUUGAAAGGUGCGCCGGCGGCGGGUGGCUGGGGAGGCGAUGCGGACCAGGAGGGGAAGUUGAAGCGGAUGGUGGAGCGGUUCGAGGAGUUUCUCAACGACGACAAGGCUGGUCCCGAUGGUGUCACGUUUAGCGACGACGAGGAGUUGAACUCGGAUGAUGACAUCUCCGAUGAGGAUGAUGAAGUGGUUGGAGAGGACAAAUCAGUGUCCUUCAACGAAGACGAGUUUGAGCGUAUGAUGCGGGACAUGAUGGGACUUCCGCCGCCAUCAGCGGACGCAGAAGAGGAAGCUGCUAUUCGCCGUGCUCAGGACCAGAUAGAGAAGGAGCUCACGGAGGCCGGCGCUAUCUCAAGGGACACUGUGCCGAAAAUCCAGGAGAUAAAGGAGGAUGAUAAUGAUCACGAUAGCGAAGAUGACUACGACGAUAAUGAAAAAGAGGUGGUGGAUAUCGACUACACUCUGGCAAAGAACCUUCUCGAGAGUUUCAAGGGACAGGGAGGACUCAGUGGGCCUGCGGGGACACUUUUGGCGAGGAUGGGAAUGAUGUUGCCGAGAGAUGAGCCGGAGGCGGAGGUAGAGGGGAAGGGGAAGGAGGUGGUGAGGUAAAAUUGACGGGCUGUAUGAGUUGGAUAUGGUGCAUAGACCAUUGACGUGGGCUGGGUGGGUUGGAUAUGGUGCAUAGACCCGGCGUUUGGUGAAUGAAUAUGACAUUGCUGCUUCUCUCCCUGUACGCUCUAAAUGUGAUAUGCCUCUACUGCUUCUCCUUCUCCGCCACGAUUCUCCUCCCCUCCUCAACCUCAUCCCAUUUCUCGUCCCCCUUCUUCUCAUCUUCCGUCUCCAAUAUUUUCAAAACAUCCUGCUGCUUCGCCGCCUCGUCGACCUCGAUAUCCCCCUCAAGCAGA